AAUUCGAUGACUUUUUGAUUUUACAUGUUUGUUUAUUAAGAUUUCAAGAUCUGCAGCAAAUAUUGAUAUUUCUUCAAUUUGGCCUCAAUUAGUGCUAAUAGUGAAAGGCAUUAUGGCAGCAGAUACAAGUUCGAAAAAUAAAAGGGAUGAAAUAGAAGAAGAUUACGAUCCAUACUUACAUAGGAAUCUAACUCAUCCCAACCAGAGCCUAGAAACUCUCGGACAUUUAAUUAAAGGUAUUAUUGGCACUGGCAUAUUGGCAUUACCUGAAGCAUUUAAACUGGCUGGAAUGAUAACCGGGAUAAUUUCAACCAUUCUCAUAGGUUUAUUGUCCACAUACUGUCUACGAAUUUUGGUACGAUCCCAGUACAUAUUAUGUAAAAGGAAGAGAGUGGGACUCCUAACGUACCCAGAAACUAUGGAGUAUGCUUGUGAAGUGGGACCUAAGUUUUUUCAGAGAUGUGUUCCUUACGCAGGGGGAAUUACAAAUUUCUUCCUAGUUACGUUUCAAGUUGGCACCUGCUGUGUAUAUGUUGUCUUCAUAGCAGUAAACAUAAAAUUUGUAGGCGACCAAUAUACCGAUCCUCACAUUGCUUAUGCAUAUUACGUCUUAAUGUUUUUUAUUCCGCUGUUGGCGAUAAUGAUGGUUAAAAACCUUAAGUACUUUGCACCAUUUAGUCACUUUGCAAAUUUUGUAACAUUAUUGACGAUAGCCGUUUGUGGAUAUUAUGUAUUUCGCGAUUUGCCUCCGUUUUCAAGUCGUCCAGCUUUUGGGAAAUUCUCAGAUUAUUUCCUAUAUUUUGGAACCAGCCUUUUUUCACUACAGUCCGUUGUAGUGGUUACCUCUGCAGAAAAUAAUAUGGAAAAUCCAAGACAUUUCUUGACACCCUUUGGUGUUUUGAACGUUGGAAUGUUCAUUGUGGUAUCCGUAGUAAUUUAUUUUGCAGCUACUGGAUAUUGGAAAUACGGCGAAGAUAUCAAGCCCAGUAUAACUUUAAAUUUUCCACCACCUGAUAUUGCUGCUCAAUCUAUCAGAAUUUUAUAUUCUUUAGCAAUAUUUAUAACAUUUGGCCUGCAAGGAAUACCUGCUGUGUAUAUCAUACAAAACGACUACAUUAUUCCUCAUUUAGGAGAACAUGCUACAGAAAGAAAGAAAAAGGUGUAUGAUUAUGGAUUACGCAUAACCCUAGUUGUUCUAUCGGUUGUUUUGGCCAUUACAGUACCACUGCUGGGACUCAUCAUUUCAUUAGUUGGUACAUUUUGUCUAUCUGCACUUGGAAUAGUUUUCCCUGCAAUCAUUGAACUUGCAGCUCAUUGGCCCGAUAGGCUAGGUCCUGGAAAAAUUUGUCUAUGGAAAGAUAUUUUGAUAAUUCUCAUUGGUAUAUUCGGCCUUUGUGUUGGGACAUAUACUUCUAUAUAUAACAUAGUUCAAGAAUUGAUCAUAAAAUACUCAACUAAAUCAAUUCUAGAUGACUAAUCAAUAGAAGAAACCGAAUUUAGAAGAUUUUUAUGAUUUAACUAUGGAUUCUAAUAAUGUGCUCAUAUAAAACUCUGUAAAUGUCUUAAAAGUCCAUAUAAUUAUUAAACAAAAA